AUGAUUUGGACCGCGGCUCUCCUGACCUUUGCUGUUUCGUACGCUGAUUCAGAGGACUACUGUUACAAUGAGGCACAUUGUGAUCCUUACGCUUGGGGAGAGACGUUCCCUUCAUGUCACCCCUUACUUGAAUCCCAUCACUCUCCCAUCGAUCUGGACCAUCACAUAACCAGAAACGACUCCCUGGAGUCCCUGCAUCUCGAGGGCUUCGAUGUAAUCCAGACAGGCCACUGGACGCUAAAGAACGACGGACACUCCGUCAUUCUGCAGGUUGGCAGCGGGAUGGCGGUGAGCGGCGGAGGCCUUCCAGAUGUGUACCACACCAUCCAGCUGCACUUCCACUGGGGAGGCCCGGCCACCAACGGCUCCGAGCACACGGUGGACAGACGCAGAUACCCAAUGGAGAUGCACGUCGUCAACAUGAAGUCCAUCCAUCCAAACAUGUCGGCAGCGUUAGACGAUCCAACCGGACUCGCCGUUCUCGGAUUCUUCAUUGAUGUCGUCUAUGCAGACAAUGUGCACUUUGGACACAUAUCACAAAAGCUCUCCUCCGUUGCUUACAAAGGCCAGACAGCUAAAGUCAAGCCAUUUCCGCUGAUGAGCCUCCUGCCGAAGCACAACAUGAGUCAGUAUUACCGCUAUUACGGCAGCCUCACCACCCCUCCGUGUUCUCAAGUGGUGGUUUGGACUCUGUAUGAAGUCCCCAUCUACAUCUCAUGGUCUCAACUGGCUCAGUUUACCUCACAGAUCUUCUCCACAGAGGAGGACGCCGAGCAGGUGACUCCUCUGCAGAACAACUUCAGACACGUCCACCCCACCUUCAGUCGCGUCGUCUCGGCCUCCAAAGACGCCAAACUCCUCACGGCGACGGCCGGUCAGCCCCUCAGGUCAGCCGCAUCGGUGCGUCUGCUUCAAAUCGUACUGCUGGGAAGCUUUAUGUCUGGACUUUAG